AUGCUCCGUACAAUUCGAGAAAUGUUUGCUUUUGGUUAUCACAACUACAUUAAACACGCUUAUCCGGAAGAUGAGUUAGAUCCAAUUCACUGUCGUGGUAGAGGUCAUGAUCAUACCGAUCCCAAUAACUUAAAUGUCAAUGACGUCCUUGGGGAUUAUCAGCUUACAUUAGUGGAUUCUCUCGAUUCAUUGGUGAUAUUUGGAAACACCUCAGAAUUCAAAAGAGCUGUGAAAUUAGUUACUGAGAGUUUGUCUUUCAAUACACCGGUUGUGGUUCAAAUCUUUGAGGCCAAUAUCAGGAUUUUAGGAGGUCUCCUCUCUGCUCAUCUUCUCAUCACUGACCCUCUUAUGAGACUUGGUGAUAUACGACCCGAGAACUACAACGACGAGCUUCUCAUACUUGCUCGCAAUCUCUGUGAUAGGCUUCUUAUUGCCUUCAAAGGUACACCAAGUGGUAUUCCUUUUCCUAGAGUUCAUUUAGGCUGGAGAUCGGUCGAGACGCUGGGUAGAAAAAAUACAUGUCUUGCGGGUGCGGGAAGCAUGCUCUUGGAAAUGGGGACCUUGAGUGUGCUUCUACAGGACCCACGAUAUGCCACUGCUGCUCGGAAUGCUGUAAUCACACUUUGGAAGCAUCGAGCCAAAUCCACUGGGCUUCUUGGUACGGAUAUCGAUAUUUACUCUGGCGAAUGGACUAAUUUUAUGUCCGGUGUUGGCGCUGGCCAGGAUUCCUUCUAUGAAUACCUUCUGAAGAGUGGCAUUCUGUUCAAUGAUUCAGAGAUGAUGCGAAUGUUUAAUGAAUCUCUGGUGAGCAUACGACAAAGGCUGUGCAAGGAUUUCGAUGAGAUGAACUGCUCCUGCUACGAUGCCAGUCAGCACCGAAUCUACUGGAAUGUCAACAUGUUCACUGGGGACUUACUUAACGCAUGGGUUGACUCCCUUCAGUCUGCUUGGCCUGGAAUACUGACCCUGGCAGGGGAACUCUCUGACGCCAAAUGCCAACAUAAACUGCACCUGGCAAUAUGGCAAAAGUUUGGUCUGCCCCCAGAGCGUUUCAAUCUCCUCUUAAACACCUCCGAGCUUGCCUUCUAUCCUCUUCGACCAGAAUUUGCCGAAUCAACCUACUACCUCUAUCGUGCUACUAAAGAUCCCUUCUAUCAUCGAAUUGGCGCAAUGAUUGUUGACAAUCUCAAUCGAUAUACCCGAGCUAGGUGUGGCUUUGCCACAAUUCAUAACAUCGAGGACAUGUCCCAGGAAGAUCGCAUGGAAAGCUUUUUCUUGAGUGAAACCCUAAAAUAUCUCUAUUUAGUAAGUGUAUUUUUAUUCAUUUAUCACCCCUUAACUUUAUCAUGA